AUAAGAUGCUCCAAGUUCCUUGCAGCUCUCUUCAGAAGAAAAUCACCUGUGCUCUGCUCUUGCCAUAAUACCAAACCCUUUUUCUUAUGUUUUGGUGCUGUGACACUGGAAGAAUUGCACAGAGGUUCCAGUAAUAUCUUUUUUUCAUUUAAGUAAUUCUCUCUGAAUGGAAAAAGAUUUGAGUCCUAAUAAUUACUUUAUUUUAAAAUUAAUUCUCUAUACUCUGAACUGCUUAAUAAAUUGGGCCACUUACCCAUGAGCCACACAGCCAGUUCUUGUCAGGAACUGGUUGAAAACUGUGCUGUGCAUGUAGCAGGGAUGGCACAAGAAGAGAGCCGCCGUGGUCAAGUGCCAUCUACUUUUUAUCAUGGUGCCAACCAAGAACUUGACCUGUCCACCAAAGUGUACAAAAGGGAAUCAGGAAGUCCUUAUUCUGUGUUAGUGGACACCAAGAUGAGCAAACCACAUCUCCAUGAGACGGAGGAACAGCCAUAUUUCAGGGAGACAAGAGCAGUGUCUGACGUGCAUGCUGUCAAAGAAGACCGGGAGAAUUCUGAUGACUCGGAAGAGGAGGAAGAGGAGGAGGAGGAAGUCUCUUACAAAAGGGAGCAGAUCAUAGUGGAGGUAAACCUUAAUAAUCAAACAUUAAAUGUAUCUAAAGGGGAAAAGGGUGUCUCUUCUCAGUCCAAAGAGACUCCUGUUCUUAAGACGAGCAGUGAGGAGGAAGAGGAAGAGAGUGAGGAAGAAGCCACUGAUGACAGCAAUGACUACGGAGAGAAUGAAAGGCAGAAGAAAAAGGAGAAGAUAGUGGAGAAAGUCAAUGUUACACAAAGGCGAACGCGGAGAGCUGCCUCUGUUGCUGCAGCUACCACUUCCCCUACUCCCAGAGCUACCAGAGGGCGUAGGAAGAGUGUAGAGCCACCUAAGCGUAAGAAGCGGGCCACAAAGGAGCCCAAAGCACCAGUCCAGAAAGCUAAGUGUGAAGAGAAAGAGACUCUGACCUGUGAGAAGUGCCCCAGGGUGUUUAAUACUCGAUGGUACCUGGAGAAGCACAUGAACGUUACUCACAGGCGCAUGCAGAUCUGUGAUAAAUGUGGCAAGAAGUUUGUCCUGGAAAGUGAGCUGUCCCUUCACCAGCAAACAGACUGUGAAAAAAACAUUCAGUGUGUUUCCUGUAACAAAUCGUUCAAGAAACUCUGGUCCCUUCAUGAACAUAUCAAGAUUGUCCACGGAUAUGCAGAAAAGAAAUUUUCCUGUGAAAUUUGUGAGAAGAAAUUUUAUACCAUGGCUCACGUGCGGAAACACAUGGUUGCACACACGAAAGACAUGCCAUUUACAUGUGAAACCUGUGGAAAAUCCUUUAAACGCAGUAUGUCACUCAAGGUGCAUUCCUUGCAGCAUUCUGGAGAGAAGCCCUUCAGAUGUGAGAACUGUGACGAAAGGUUUCAGUACAAGUACCAGCUACGCUCCCACAUGAGCAUCCACAUUGGGCACAAACAGUUCAUGUGCCAGUGGUGUGGCAAGGAUUUCAACAUGAAGCAGUACUUCGACGAACACAUGAAAACACACACUGGAGAGAAGCCCUUUAUCUGUGAAAUCUGUGGCAAAAGCUUCACCAGCCGCCCCAACAUGAAGAGGCACCGCAGAACUCACACAGGCGAAAAGCCCUACCCCUGCGACGUGUGCGGGCAGCGGUUCCGCUUCUCCAACAUGCUCAAGGCCCACAAGGAGAAGUGCUUUCGGGUGACUAGUCCCGUGAAUGUGCCGCCUGCAGUCCAGAUCCCACUCACAACUGCCCCAGCCACCCCAGUUCCUUCUGUGGUGAACACACCCACCACCCCGGCUCCUCCCGUCAGUAUGAACCCCGUUAGCACUCUUCCCCCACGACCCAUCCCCCACCCCUUCUCUCACCUGCACAUCCACCCGCACCCUCACCACCCACACCACCUUCCUAUCCCUCCAGUCCCUCACCUGCCCCCACCACCAGCUCUCUUCAAGAGUGAGCCUUUAAAUCACAGAGGCCAGAAUGAGGACACCUUUCUGCGGCACCUGGCAGAGAAGAACAGUUCAGCACCGCAUCAUUAACAUCCAUCUCCUUAAGCACGUUCCCCAGUUGUGUUCCCACGGUGAGUUGGUGGAGCAUUUCUGCAGUUCUCAGGCUCUCCUCAGCUCCCUCAGGGGCUUUGCCAUUGUUGGGGUGAAUCAGCAGACCCAAGGGAGUGAACCAGAAGACGACCUUGAGCUCACAAGGAAACUCAUCUAAACCAGGGAACCACUGAACUAAAGCCCAAUUUGCUUGCAUUUUCUGAUGACUUUUAUAAAUUUCAAAUACUCAGACUUGUGGGAUUUUAUAAUUUCAUAUCAGCUGAUGAGGUAUGCUUGCUUUUAUAUCCUGGACUUCUCCUCAAAGAGGGGAUAGGCCUGGUCUCCUUUGUACUAAUCGGGAAGGCUGUGAGAUUAAUCCAGAGCAUUAAUUGUAUCACUGUGUAUUGUAAUGAAUUCUUUUCAGCUUUUGGUGCUGGCUACAGAGUUAAGCUGGCCAUGUUUCACAGUAUAUCAAGCAUUAUAGAGAAAGAUGGAAAUUUUCUUCUUUGUGUAGCUCUCCUAACACACUCUUUAUUUUACUACAGAAAUUAUUUUAGAGGUUUUGUAUAGACUUCUUUAGUAGUCUGUUUCUAAAAUGAAAUGUAUUUCAAUAAGCGGUGUAAUUUUUUCUGUGUAGCUAAACCUAUGUUGUAAAAUAGAAAAAAAUUUUAUAAUCAUCAAAAUGUGAUUCUUAAAGAUGCAUAUAACUUCUAUAAUUCAAAGUUAUUCUUACAUCCGUACAACUCAAAGGUGCUUCAGAGACUAGAUGUGUCUGCAAGGGUCGCCAGACCAGGUUCCUGCAAAAACCGAGGUUUUGCUUUCAGAGUGUGGUGUAAGUACUUGGUAGUUUAAAAAUCUCUGCUUAGCUCUCAGAUGUCCAUCAGCCUCACUGACAUGCUCCUCUCCUCUGUGUUGCUUUGGGCCCCGCCGUGCAUUGAAUGGAUGAUUUACAGAGGGUCCUGCCUUGAAAAGUCUUGAAUGAAGUUGUUCACUGUUAGAAGGAAGUAGAGAUUAUUUCAUCUUAGUCACAUCUGUUUCUUACUCUCCUUAGGAACUGUAUUUACAUUUAACUCUUCUGGGAAGACAAAUUAGAGUCUCUGUUUUUGAGGUUGCUUUAUUUUUCUAGAAUUGUUAUGAAAAACUAAAAUAGUAAACCAAAAUCAUAAACUUAUUGCUGAUAGUGGCUGAGAAAUUUGAAUGAGAAGACAAAUUGGUUGAGUUUUAUGUUAUACAUGAAAUGUGGAUAUGCCUACAACUUUGAGCUAUUUUAACUUAGUUUAAAUUAUAGUGAGGGGAAAUUCCUAGGUUUUGCUGCCCUGUCCUCUGAAGAUAGUUAUAUAACACCAGCACCCUUAGGUGAGGAAGAGAGUAGCAACUCUCCCUCGUUUUUCUAGGUGGCUUCCUUUUUCAAGUUUGGGUGUCUUCCAAUGGGCACCAUCAACCGGAGCUGAUUACCUGGAAGGGAAGGUUGAACAGAAGGGCUAACACAAUGAUUGCAUUUAACUGACCACAUUUAUCCAGACUCAUUAGAAGCUACAAAUUUUAUAUUUCUUCAUCUCAAACAACUGAGUUCCCACACCCCCUCCUCCAUUUUUUUAAUCUUGAAAUUUCUUCAUUUCUCUUUCCUCGGGCUCUUAAAUCAUUGCCUGAAUCAGAACUCUUUUAUUUAUUUUUUAUUUUUAUAUGAAAUGUGCAGAUAUGUGUCAAGCACUUUUCUGGAUGGUUAGCUCUGUAGCAGGGAUAAAUGGAACUCUCAACUGAAGUUAGGUCUCUAUUUUUAAACAGACCACUCUCUACUAGCUUUUUGGUUUAAUGUUUCCAAUUUUUUUCCUUCCGAUUUUGCCUUUGUCUUCUAUAAUGCAUAGGAAAAUUUUGCAGUGAGGCAGAAAAAUAUCUUAAGACAUAUUUUUCUUCCUGUUUUUGGAUGUAAGUUUUAAAGAAUGGUAUUUUUAAUAUUUGUGUACAUUCUUUGAGCCCCCAGGUACCCAAGCUGGUAAGGAAUUUUAGUUCCUUGAUUUUGACUGUUAUAACUUUAGUGACUGUCUUCCCCUGACCUCAAUAGUCUCUUUUGCAUUCCAUGACAAGUUUGUAAAUCCACACUUUUAUGUAGACUUUUAUCAUUAUUUCAUGGUCAGGCCUGUAAUAUUAAAAUAGUUUUAUAAAAAGAUGUAAAUUAUACCUUAGUUAAUUGGUUAUACCUUAUUUUGUUCUAAAUAAAUGUAUAGAAUUGGGCGGCAAUUCUGAACUCUAGACUUGAGACCAUUGAAUCAACUAUUUCAUGAGGUGUUCUAUAAUUAUAUACUGGAAAAUUCAGGUAGUCAUCUUUGGUUUUUCAUUCAAGCAACUAUAGCCAUAAGAAAAUAUCUGUUACACAGACAAAAAAUAGUAAGCAAAUAGCCACUACUAUUCUUACAGAAGAAAAAAAAAUGAUUGAAAAAAAAAAAAGAAUUAACAUUGUCACACAGUAUAAUUUUUAGUGAAAUGUAUUGUGGAACAAUCUAGAAACUUAUAAUUUUCUCCCCUGGAUAGGUGUACCUUUCCUUAUUUGGGAUUUGUGGUCUUCAGGAAAACUUCUCAGAAUAUGAUUCCUCAUCAGUGUCAUUUUAUGUAUGAAUAAUGAAAUGCAUUAAGAAUAGUCAUGACAUUAAUGCUUCUGAAUAGGAUUAAGCCUUAAAACAUGUAUGUGCAUCAGGUUUAACACGCUGAAGACUCAAACUCAGGGUUGAAAAUUUGGUUGGGGUCCUCUACCAAAAUAAAAGUUACAUAUUCUAUAGCACCCCAUGAAUUCUUCAAAGCCUAUGACCUCCUCAUUAUCUGUUUUUGGAAAAAAAAAAAAAAAAACUCUGGAGGAGUUUGAGUCCUCAGCCCUUAUCUGUACUUAUAUC